CGACGAGUACUUUUGACAGCAAUUGGACAAUUCAACUCACGUUUGCUGUACGGUUUAUCCCGAAUAUAUAAUGGCGCGUUAGAUUGCACGGCGACACCAUAUUUCAGAUUUGCGCAAAAAAUGUCUAAAGCCGUCGUUAAGACGACCUUCGAGGCGUCUCGGACUUUGCGUCCCAUUUAUACUGGAGGAAGUACUGCGCUAGAUGCCAGUGGACGUUUGCUAGCAGCUUGUGUGGGCGAAGAUGCUCUUAUCGUUGAUCUUGAGACUGGUGACCAGCUUGCAAGUCUGGAAGGAGAUGGAGAGAUCAUUACCAGCCUAGCUAUCACCCCAUCCGCCUCACAUGUGAUCAUUUGCUCGCGAUCAAUGUCUAUGCGCAUUUACUCUCUGACCCCUCUCGAAGAUUCUUCACGGACGAUCAACGCGAAACUUGUGCGAAGCCUCAAGCCACAUACUGCACCUGUUGUCACAACUGCCACUGACCAAACCGGGACGCUUCUGGCAACCGGUGCUUCUGAUGGCUCGAUCAAGGUCUGGGAUAUUCGAGGUGGCUAUGUUACGCACACUUUCCAUGGUCAUGCGGGUGUUGUAUCUGCUUUGUGCUUCUUCCAGGUACCAUUCCUGGAUAGCGAAAGCAAGAAUUCUUCAAAGAAAAUGAGAUCUAAGAGAAAGUCGGAUAAUUCUGAUGAUGACGAAGACAUGCAAGAUGUCGCCUCUACUUCGAUUGGAGGGUUCCGACUUGCCUCGGGAAGUGAGGAAGGCAAAGUACGGGUGUGGGAUUUGAACAAGAGGAAGUCUAUAGCGUCACUCGAGUCUCAUGUCUCGGUUGUACGGAGCUUAUCGUACUCGCCUGCCGAGAAUGCAUUGCUCUCAGCGAGCAGAGACAAGACUGUCAUUGUAUGGGAUGUCCGCACAUUCAAAACCCGCAGAAUUAUUCCUGUCCUUGAAAGCGUGGAAGCGGCCGCCUUUGUUGCUGAUAGUGGGCUUGCUCUGGUUGGGGGUGAGAAUGGCAAGUUACGUGUGUGGGAUUGCAACCGUGGAGGGGAAGUAACCCAAGAGCAAGAAGCUGCUGCUGAGUUUGAAGCGGUCGUGGCAAUCCAAUACACUCCAGGAAUGCCGUUCGCAAUGACUGUGCAUGCAGAUCAAACGUUGAAACUUCACUCACUUGAAUCCUUAUUGAACUACAAGCCCGGAUCUUCGCUGGACCCUUUGCCGGUAAUAAGGCGCAUAUCAGGUAACGACGAUGAUAUUAUUGACCUUGCAUAUGUUGGUCCAGAUCGAUCAAUGCUAGCCCUGGCCACAAACACUGAGAGUAUUAGACUUAUCUCGGUGAGACCAUCCACAGAUAGGCCGUCUGAUAAAGAGGAGGGAUAUUUUGGCGCGGAUAUCGCUCACCUAGAUGGCCACGACGACAUCAUCAUAUGCAUUGAUGUUGACUGGUCUGGCCAUUGGCUCGCAACGGGCGCCAAAGACAACGCAGCUCGUCUUUGGCGUCUCGACCCCAAGACAUCCUCGUAUACCUGUUUUGCCGUUAUGACAGGCCACGCUGAGUCUCUGGGUGCUAUCAGUUUCCCUCGUGUCCCACCGCCGGCAAACACACCUGCGCGCAAUGAUCCUUUGAACCAUCCCCCGCAAUUCUUGCUCACUGGUUCUCAAGACCGCACCAUCAAACGAUGGGAUAUGGGCAAAUUGGCUCCGCUCACUUCUUCCAAACCGCAUACCCCGAAGGCGAUCUUCACCCGCAAAGCUCAUGAAAAAGACAUCAAUGCCUUGGAUGUUGAUCCGACAUCGACCCUUUUUGCAUCAGCCUCACAAGAUCGUACUGUUAAGAUUUGGUCCGCUGAAGAAGGAACCGUUGUAGGUAUUCUUCGUGGACACAAGAGAGGAGUCUGGUCCGCGCGAUUCGCCCCACAUGGUACGCCUACCAUUAGUACCAGGCCCCAGAGCAGUACAAAUAGGGGUCUGAUUGUUACUGGGUCUGGCGACAAAACGGUCAAACUUUGGAGCUUAUCGGACUAUAGCUGUCUCCUUACCUUCGAGGGCCACACGAAUAGUGUUCUCAAAGUGCUCUGGCUUCCACCUUCAGACCUGUCGACCAAGAAAGACGGAGGUGAUGAUGAAGAUGAUGAUGAUGAAGAAGCGCCGAUGCAAAACACUGCUACACAACCACGCCCUCUCGUGGCGUCUGCGGCUGCCGAUGGCCUAGUCAAAAUUUGGUCCCCUUACACAGGGGAACUCGAGACCACCCUCGAUAAUCACACAGACAGAGUCUGGGCACUAGCAAGCCCAACACCCUCUGGCUCCCGUGCCGAUGUUCUCUCUUCUUCUAACACACAUAAAAUUUCAUCCCCGUACGCCAUUGCCUCUGGCUCGGCCGACUCCACCGUCACUUUCUGGACUGACACUACAUCCGCCACUUACACCGCUACAGUUAGCGCGAACGCUGCUCGCAUCGAACAGGACCAGAAAUUAGAGAAUUACAUCAGAGCUGGAGCUUACCGUGAAGCCAUUACUUUAGCUCUCCAGCUGAACCAUCCUGGAAGGCUACUAUCGCUAUUUACAGCUGCAGUAGAUGCUGCCGACAACCCAUACUCGACUGAUUCUCAAAAGAACGAGCGUGCUGACAGUCUGACCGGUGACCCUUCGAUUGAUGAGGUUCUUCAAACUCUCGACUCUGAUAACCUUCGUAUCCUUCUUCUCCGGUUGCGCGACUGGAACACGAAUGCUCGAACUUCUCGCGUUGCACAACGCAUUCUGUAUGCAUUGUUUAGAUCCUAUCCUGCAUCAGCGUUCAUUGAGCUCGCGACAGCAAGUAUGGCAAAUCGACGCAAUGACAGUCGCACUGCAACCAGUAUGAAGGACAUACUGCAAGCCAUGGCCGCCUAUACCGAAAGGCAUUACCGUCGAAUCGAAGAGCUGACAGACGAAAGCUACCUUGUCGAAUGGGUUUUGGGAGAAAUGGACGGGGGCGUAGGACUUGGCGGAUUGAGCGUCUCUGGCACCCGUGAUGCAGACGACGUACCUGAUCAUGAGAAGGACACUAUCAUGCUGGGAGCAUGACGAUUGCAACCCCUCUAAACGAGUAUAUGUACAGAUAGACAGAACGAUUUUGUGUUUGGAAUAUUGUGAUAUGUCGGCGCAUUCUCUUGGAGCACUAUUGCAUUUACAUCUGAUACUUUUUUGGAGGAAAAGGUGUGUCAAAAGUCUUCUCUUGGGUGACAUUUUGUUGCCGAUAAUUGAUACUUCGAAAUACUCUUGAAUGCACGUAGCCUUAGUUAUAUACCAUCCUUGGGUCUUUCUACAGCGUC